AUGCCUCCACCAUUCCUUCAAGAAGCGAAAAACCACCGCUCCAAAUGUGUCCAGAUGCGCAACGAGUUUGCCCUCCUUCUCGCUAGGUUUCAACAAGAGAUACAAGAGCACAAACGGGAGAUCGAAACUCUCAAAAUAGCAAAAAUCGAAGCGGAGAUGACGGGAACUUUCUGGCAAAAAUUUCGAUAUAUCGCCCCUUCUGAAAUCUUGGAAGAAUCGUCUUGGCAGGCUGGAGGACGAGCUAUAGAUCCUCCAAGUCUUGAAGCGGCCCAGAUACUUCACCUUCUCACCUCAAGUCCAAGAUCACACCUCUAUCUGUAUCAAACCUCUCACAUCAAGAUACAACUUCCCUUCAACGCAACCCACUACAACAAUCUCAAGAUGCCAUCCAGAAUCGAGAAGAAUAAGUACGAAAUCAUGGAUGUUAAGUUGGCUCACACUAGAAUACCCUCCCAGAUCGACGUAAAGCCAUUCUGA